AUGAUUUUUGAAACUUCUAAUUAUAGAAAGGCUGAUCGCUCAUCAAUAAUUUUAUUGGACAUUAUGGAAAAAUCAAAAUAUGAUUUUCAAGUGGAAAUUAACUAUUGCAACUUCUUUUCUAAUACAUCCAUCUCGAUGAAAGCUUAUUUAGUAGACAAAAUAAACUUUUCUUUUAUAAUACACGAAAACCCAACGCAGUUAUGUAUGUUAAGAGAGAUAAAAAAAUUAUUAACAAAAAAUGAACCGGAAGAUGGAUAUGCAUUUCGAUAUAUUUGGAUGAAUAAAUUUUCUGCAUCAGUUGUGGUUCCGGAAUAUGACAUGACGUUG